AUGUUUUUCUAUGCGAGGGAGACCGGCGCGGCUCAACAAUUGUACGACCAGCAUCGCCCUCGAAAUUCUGGCGCGCCAGAGUGCCAACGCGGUAGCAUUGCAAUAAGAAAAGCGGCAAGUCUGGCCGCCCUCGCACGCGACGCCAGUGUCUGCCGUCUCUGCAGCAAGAUCGCUCCGCGACCCCACUCUCCUCCCAACCAUCGGCCGGGUCAUGCGCGCCCCGAAAACGUUAACCCAUAUUCCUUCCAGACCCGCCCCGGCCCGCGCCAGAGCAGGGCGGGAGGCACGACCUUAGUGAAUUGGUGCUUGGCAAACGAGCUUUCGCACCUUCGCCGCGCUGCGGCUUGA